UUUCCUUUCGGCCAACAGUUGGUAUUACUUUGUCCCAGUUCCUGGUGACCUAUAUUUAAACUUCUAUUUGUAUGAAAAAAAAAAAAUACUUAUUGAAUAUAUUACCGCUGGAAAUUCUGAGUAAUAAUGUAAUUAUUUUUUGCACUGACGUUAUACGUUCAUUUUCAGGUAAUAAUGUAAUUCCCACAAAUAAAAAAAGGUGCCGAGUGUCAAAUGCCUCGCGACAGGGGGUGCAAGGUCGCAUUUCCCUCAGCAUCUCUUGAAUGAUUGAGGUAGAAUUGGUACGGGGUUGAUUUGAGAGAUUGAUAGUGUUUGACGGUGGUAGGGCGUGUAAGAUAUAGUGUGGUAUAGUGGGAAAGAGUAACUAAUGUUUCAGUAGACAAAAUUGUCUAGUUAUAGUCUUGGUGACAUAGAUUUGUGAAAUUUGUUGCUUGGACAGACGGCGUCGUGAAACACCUGCAGUGCUGCUCACGAUUUAAUUAAGUGUGGAAGUGGUUGAGUAAUUGAUUUUUUUCUGUACGUGCCCUGUUGAUUUGUUAAAACUCAUGGCUCGAAAAGGCGUGAAGGUGCUUUUAGGUUUUGAAGACGAGUGCAUAACUGAAAAACAUAAGUCCCUAGUGAAUUUUACCACAAACAAGAUAGGAGGCAAACCGGAUUGGCCAGCCGAUGGAAUUUCAGCUCCCAUCUGUAAAUUGUGUGGAUUGUCUCUGCCCCUUGUCGUUCAGAUUUAUGCCCCCUUAGAAAAUAAUCCUCAUCACAGAACAUUGUAUUUGUUUGGUUGUGUCAAUCCCAAUUGCUGGAAUCAGAAUGAUAGUUGGACAUGCAUUCGCAGCCAAACAUUAGAGGCUAAGAGUGACCAUGAAGAUUCUUCAGGAACUGUUAAUACUUUAUCUGCAACAGACUGGUGCUGUGAUGCUGAUGACUGGGAUGAUGACAAUAAUGUAAACAAUAAUGAAGAAAAUGGCAAUAUUAUAAAGGCUCAUGAAACAAGUUCAGAAAGACUAUCUGAAGAUGAUGAUGAAGAAGAAACAGAAAGUUAUGAAGAUGACAUAAGAGUGCAACUGGGCCAACUUAAUGUGAAUGAGUGCAAUGCCAAUUGGGAUGAGGGUGGUGGAGGUGGUGGUGGCGGCCGGGGAGUUGCAGGAGCCCAAGAAGGGGGAGCAGUGGGACGAUUGCAUUCACCUUCUGCCACAGCAGAAAUAGAAGGUGAAGAAAGUGAGAUUGUAAGCAUUGACACUCCUACUGCUCCUCAACAUAAUCUUAUUGCUCUUCUUCAAGAAGUGGCCCCUAUGCCCUCUGAAAUAAGUGGAAUUUGCAAUGGUGGCUCUCCCCAGUUUUCAUCAUCAUUUAUCAGUGUUGGAGAAGAGGAGAUAGCUGGUGCUUCAGCAACUGUUACUCCUCUUUCAGAGCAUGUGAGAGAUUUGUUACAAGAGUACCAACAGAAUAGUAACGAUGAUGGAAGCCCACAUCACAGUCCUGAACAUGAAAAAGAGCCAGGAGACCAACUAAUGGCUGAGAAAUAUGAAAAAAGUGUUCCAGCUCAUGGUGACAAAAUGUUUCAUCACUUUGUUAGUAAAAUUCAACAGUGCGCUGGGCAGAUAUUGCGGUAUUGCCGGGAUGGUGGUGGUCCUUUGCUACUGUAUCCAGAACCAAAUGUACCAACAAGGUGUCAACAUUGCCGAGGUGAAAUGGUUUUCGAGCUGCAGAUUAUACCAACUUUAGUAUCUCGGCUGCAGCUUCAGGGGGUACAUGGAGGGACUCAUCUGGAAUUUGGCACAGUGUUGGUCUUCUGCUGUAAGCGAUCAUGUUGGGCACCUGGUGAGAAGACACGUGAGGAGUGUGUUGUGGUACAGGCUGAGAGAAUUUAGACUUAAGUUUAGAUCACUGGAUUGGCAUCUGAAUGUUCUCUUUGUGGUAUACAGAGAUUGUAAACUUGCAGAAUAUUUCUGUCUUACACAUCCUAAAGCACUUGUAAUAAGUAUUGUAAAAUACUAUUAUGAGCGUUUGCCCUCUGUAAAGACCAUGUGAUUUUCUAUGUCAAAAUGAACGUAAGUGUUGAUUUUAAACAUUAAAGAAAAUUCUGAAAUAAUAUUGAAUGUGAUAAGCAUUUUAUCAAAUUUGAUGAUGCUCUUUCCAGUUAUCCAGUUCUUCUUACCACUUGAUGCAUAUUCUUGCCGUACUUUUCAUUACCUUACUUCUUUCAUGACUUUUCAUGUAUUUCAUAGUUGCAAUGUUAGUUUUUGGUGUCCAAGUAGAAAAAACUUCCCCACGAUAUGUGCAUAUUCUAGGUCAGAGCAAACUGAAUGUUAGAAAAGUAUCUUAAGAAAUUACUGUGUUUUCUUCUUACAUUUUCAUUGUAAUUGUAGCUUCACAGGUUGUUUAUUAGAACCUGAUUUUUAUCUCUACAUAAUGGUUUUAGUGAGAAUAUAAACUAAAUUAGAAAUGAUGUUAAAGUACAUAUAUGUGUCAUAGAAAAUAAUUUGUUUCAUUGAAGUCCUUAAAUCUAGUCAUUAUUUGAGAUUAUCUUUUACAUGGGUUGACACUGUCUCUUAUACAUGUAAUGCUGUUAUUAAUUAAAAUAAAGAUUAUAAUAUUGCCCAUUGUGUGGAUUGAAAUAGACUGAUAUGUCUGAAUAGCUUCUUUAUGUUAUUAAGUUGCGUUCUUCAGAGUUGUGUUUGAAAAGAUGUGCCAAAUAUCAAAUUAUUUGCUGUUUGUUCACUAGAUUAUUGUAAGAAUUUGAUGAAAAAGGAAAUAACUAGUAUGAUAAAUGUUUGACAUAAGUACUAAACUAUUGAAUUUCGAACUAUAUUCAGAAAUACCUAGUUUAUUGAAGGUUCAGAGAACUUGAGGAAUAAGAAUGUUCAUUAUAGUUUGAAGGUUACUCUUUACAGAAAGCAUCUACAUAUUAGUUUAAAGCAAGAAAGUUAGAAUUACUGCAGAUGCAUUACAGUGCAUUGCAGUUUUCAUUCUGAAAAGGUUUUACGAUAAUUGUUGAUCAAAUUUUGAUUUUAUUUCUUUUGAAUUCUUCUUGUGGAUACUAAUAAAGACACAAAGGGCAAUUUUUGUUGAGGAUUCUUUCCAAAAUUAACAUUUUGAUACUGUACUGAAUAUUUUUACUUUAGCAGUUAAAUUGUAUAUACUUUAGACAAAAAAUAGUUUAUUAAUGUAUUGCAGUCUUUGUUAACUGCUUAUCACCAGAGAGUGCAGACUAAGUUCUAUUUGAAAUCUUUUGCUUUCUCUUUUUAAUGGUAAUUUAUCAUGUUUUACGAAGUAUUUUGUUUUUGUUGCACUUCUCCAGUACUGACAAAAUAAAAAAGUGGUAUGAAAGAAUUCCAAAGAACGAAGGUUGGUUUCAUCUUAUUCUUAAUUGUAAUAUUAUUUUAUUUAAAGAAGAGAAAGGACUUUUGUGAAAACUUUCAGGUAGAUUUUGUCUUUGGAGAGAGGUAUCAAUCUAAUAAGGAAGAAUUUUUUUGUACAAUUCAAAAAUCUUAAAUAUUAUAAUAAUUCAGAUAGAAAACAAUGGACAAAGGAAGAAAACUUGAGAGUUGAACUCCACUUUAUUCAACUUUCAUCAUUACUUGUGAAGGGAAAAAUCCCAAAAUAAAUCUGUACACAAUUGUAACAAUUUUGUAAAUAUUUUGGACUUAUUUUAGCAAUACUUCAAUAGGCUGGAGAAGAAAACAAUAUCUAUUUAACUUUUUUUAUUUUUCCAAUUUUAAGUUUCCUAUCAAUUAUCAAGCUAAUAUGUAAAAAAAUUAAAACUGUUAAAAGAAGAGUAGAAAACCUGUACUUGAGUGUAGUAAUGAUUCGACUGUAUUUUAUGAAAUAUUAUGUGCUGAAAACUUGGUAGGAAAAUAGUGUCGUAGGUAAAGUACAGAAUAUGAGAAACAAUGGUGUCCAUGACUGGAUACCAUUGUAUUAAUCACUAGUCAAUAUAUUUAAAUGAGCCUCUUCAAUGAAUAAUAUUCUUGUAAUUUUUAUUUGUUAUUAUAUUUAUCUACUAUAUUUGUAAGUAUUUGAAACAUUCCUCUUUAUAGGCUUAAUGUUUUUUACUUAUAUUUUCAUGACUGCAGGUACCCUUGACCACUGAUUUAUUUUUAUACUAUUAUCUCUCUCUUUCUCUACUAAAGGGUUACACUUUUUCUUAAAUGUGAUGCAUUAAUUCUGGGACAUUUCCUAAAUGUCUUUUGAAAAUAAACCAGUAAUAAUUUAUUUGUUAAUACUAGUUUAUCAUAUUAAUCAGUUGCUAAGUAGACUUUUUCAAUUUUCCCAUUUCAGCACUAAAAUGGGAAAAUUUUUGUGGCUUAUGGCUAUGUCUUAUCCCAAAAGAAGGACUGAAAUAUGACCUUUUUUUCCUCAGAAUGUGGCUUACACAAACAGAUGAGGGAACAUUGGCUCAUACCAGCAAUUUCAUAAACUUCAUUUAUUUAUUUAUUAAAUUCAUUUGUAAGUGGACUAGAUAUUUAUUUUGAUACAUAAAAAAUAUUUUAUAAAAUAUCUAUUAAAUAGUGCAGUCACAUCUGUUGUAGAAUGUAAGUCACGUAGGUACUGCUGUAAAUUACUGGAGAAGUGUUGCCCUCAUAAUUAGUUUCAUAGAAACAUUUCAAUUAAUAGAAUGGAGAUAGAUGAAGGGGGAAAAGUGAUCUGAAUCCAAAGUGGUUAAAUAACCACUUCAUUUCCAUAUUUGUGAAAAUUAAAAAUGUUCCUUAACACAGUAACUUUACAUCUACACAUUAGCUUAAAUUAUUGCUUCUUUGAACUUAGCUACACACAGGUUGGUUUUAAAAAAAUAUGAAGUGAGCAAAGGCCAGAGAUUGUACAGUACACAAUUGUCUGGUGUUUAUUUAAUAUACCAUUGUUUUUAAAUUGUAUUUAGUGCUCUGAAUUGUUCUAAAUGUUUCAAUUUUCUUCAAAAUAUGAAUUAAUUUUGAAUAGCAUAUUGAUGUAAGCUUGGUCAUUAAAAUACAUUUUAUAUCAAUUUUGUAAUAUUGUUAAUCUACUCAACACCAAAACCAGUAUUUAUUAGUUAAAUAAAUUUUGUGUGUUUUAAAAUCUGUACGUAAUUGUUCAAAGUUAAAAAAUACAGCUAAUUUAUCUGAUGAUCAUUAUUUUUUUGGCUUUAUGCAUCUCACGUUUCUCCACCAUAAAAUAAUGGUUUACUGUUAACCUACUGGUUUGAAUCUGGAUUUGAGUGUACUGUGCUUCAACUUUCAGGUCAUCUAAUUUUCAACUGUAAAAAGAUCAUAAUAAAUAUGUCAAAAAAAUAGUCAGAAAAUAACAAUUACAUCUGAUGCUAAUGAAUGAAGCCUGAUAACAAUAAAACUGUUAACUUGUUUGGAAGGAGGUAACAGAUGACUUGCAUAUCUUUGUAUCUAUAUGUUCUUAAAGAUGAUGAAAAUAUCAAAAGUGAGAAUGAAUUUUUCGACAACUAAUUAAUUAACCUGCAUAUGCUGUUCAAAAUAAUUUCUAUAACACUACAUUGGUCUCUGAAGAACUGUAUUAAAGAUGCGAGUGCAGCUAAAUCGUAGAGCCUGAAGAAUUUUAGUGUUGAUUUAAAGUUGGAGGAAUUAUAAUAUUGACCUUAAUUUGCCAUUAUAAUGAACUCUUUCGAGAAAAAAAUGACCUAAAAAUAUACAUGAGCCAAGUAAAUUAGGUGCUUAAAAAGUCAUGUUUAAUUCAAUUUCUCCACUUAUUUUGCCAAUGGUGCCGACUUUAAAUUAAUAAUUAUUAAUUUCUUCGUACUUUAUUGUAAGUGGAUGAAUGCAUUCUCAAAUUAUUUACAGACAAUAAUUUCCCCUCAAACAGGACCCUCUUAAAUAGAGAUACUUAUAUAGAAUCUCCAGGACGGGAAUUGAGGCUCCCAAUUGCCUUUGCUCCAAGCUUCUAUAGUUGAACUAUGGUUAAGCUUGGCCACUGUUUGCCAGUACUGAAGGAAAGGCAAAGAAGCGGAAAAACAUACAUAUGUGAUUUUUGGCACAAAAUGCGUUCAUUUGCAAUAGCCAGACACAAUGUUGUAUAAUGUAAAUCACUGAGGUCAAAAGCAAGGCCCUUUUUGUUGACUUGGAACUAUGCGAAUGAAACAAGGCCAUUAGGUGUUUUGGGAUACAAAUGUAUUAGGAUUUUGAAAAUUUCAAAAUCAGUGUCACUUAAAAAAUAAAAAAAAGUGCAUAUGCCUUUGAGAGGAGUGGCCUGCUAAAAGAAAAGUUUAAUCAUUUUAAUUGAGUAAAACGUAAAUCUACAAAAUGACUGAAGGGGUUAGAUACAUUUAAUUUCAAAGAUCAUUAUUCAUACAAAGGAUUGGCAAAAUUUUAAAAUAAUAGUGCACUGUAUUUUAAAAUUACUAAGGCUAAAACUGAUAAUAUCCUUUUUAAAAUUUCUUUUGUUUAUUAAUUCUAGUGGCUGGCAAUUUGUUAUGAUUUUAUCCUCAAGAAAAUGAUAAUUGUUAUGGUUCACACUCUUACAGAAAAUUGUACCCAAAACAUUUAGGGGGAAAAAAUAAUAUUCUCCCAAUCCUAUUGCAUUUAUAUUACUAUAAAAUAAACAACUAAAAAAACUAAUAAAAACAACCAAAAUACACAUGAGUUGGAAUUAAAAUUAAUUUUAUUUCAAACUGGUAAAUUUUUCCAAUGUAUUGUAAUACUAUGAAACAAAUUUUCAGUGACUUGUGUGUUAAGGAAAAUACUUGAAUUUUGAAAAUUUCUGUAUAUGGCUUCCAUCAUUUUUCCUACAUUGUCUUAGACAUUCAAUAAUAAUAGAAUGAUGUUAAGUUAUUUUAUGUAUUGAUUUUCUAGUAAUACAUUGUGAAAAUUUAUUUCCCAGAUGCUAACGCAUUUUAUUUGUAGUUUUAUACUUAUUCCAUUGAUUGGAUAUUGCAUAUUUCCAGGCGUAUGCGUAUUACAGUUAGAUUUAUUUGUUAAGUAAAAAGGAAUGUGUGUUGGAUUACUUUUAAUAUCUUAAGAACUGAAAAAAUGAAGUAUGAACACAUAAACUUGACUUGAAGAAUUUUGCAGUGAGAUGUAUAUUAUAAUACAUGGGGCUGAGAAAGUGAAACAGGCUUUAGUACUGAAAACAUUAAUGUGAUGUAUUUGUGUAAUAUUUUUUUUCCUAUGUUAUAAACAUGAAUGAAUUGAGGAUAACACACUUUUAUAAAUAUUAGCACCAAUCAUGACAAAGAUAAUUAUCUUGCAACUUUCUUAUCUCUUCCGUUACUCCUUCUUAACCUUUGCAACAGCUCUAUUUAAAUGAUUAAUGCUCUUAUAGCAUCUCUGCACUCCACCACAUAUAUAAAGAGAAAUGUAUUUUGUGUGUGUGUAUGUAUGUUUAUAUACAUGCAAACCGGGGUGGAUUCAGCCGAUCAUUUUUGGGAGGGGCAUUGUAGAUUUUUGUUAUAUAAUACACAUUUGUUAUUAUAUUUUUAAUUAUUUUUGUACUGUAGAAAUAUUACAGAAUAUUAUUGUUUAAAUAAUUACAUUAUUAGAAAAAAUAUUUAAAUCAAUUUUUCCAAAAAAAGGAAG